GAUAGAAUAUGUUAAUAUGCAUAAUAACAACUUUCAGUUUGAUUUAGUACUUGAAGUGAAUAUUCAUACAAUCAAAAUUUCCGUUUACAUUUAUGAAAUGUUAUCAAGACAAAUGAUGCUAUUUUGUUCUAAUUCAGUUAAAAACUAUUUGAUAAUAAACAUAUUGAACAUGGAUAGUGGAGCGGGAAAAGGCGGAAGAGGUGGUGGAUAUAUAAGACAGUUAGGUGGAAAGAUAAGAGAACGCGGAGCAGCUUUAGAAGAAGAAUAUUUUCGUAAAGAGAGAGAAGUGCAAUUACGAAAAUUGAAAGAAGAGUUGUCUAAGAAAAAAGAAAAAUGCAACGCAAAAGACGACAAUAAAAAAGAUUAAACUAAUUUUUUAUGAAUUGUGUCUACUUAAAUAAUCAUUCUUAUGUAAUAUUGAUGUAUUCUGCUUUAGUUAUGUAAAUUAUUCUAUUAAAUAUAUAGCUUAAAAUAUAAUCACUAAUAUAUUUUUUAUAUUUUU